UGCGAGUGGCGGGCAUGAUAACAAAUUCGCUAGUGUUUCACGGAGGCGCGGGUUGUCAUUGUUGGGGUUUUAUUGAGCCAGGCGACUCUACGAGAGUGGAGCCCAGUCACUGCGUUGUCUGCAGGUGCGAUGGCGCUUCUCCGGAGCAUGUGGGGCUUGUUGAGUUCCCUGGGAAAGUCGGGAGCGGAGCUCUGCUCCGGUUGUGGAAAUCGACUGCGCUUUUGUCUAAGUUAUGCGUGUACACAGAGAUGGUUUUCAUCUACCUUGGAUAGUUAUCCAAAGAAACCUUUGACUUCAUACAUUCGCUUUUCUAAAGAACAGCUACCCAUAUUUAAAGCUCAGAACCCCGAUGCAAAAAAUUCAGAUCUAGUUAAGAAAAUCGCCCAGCUAUGGAGGGAACUUCCUGAUGCAGAGAAAAAAAUAUAUGAAGAUGCUUACAGGACAGACUGGCAAGCAUACAAAGAAGAGAUAAACAGAAUUCAAGAUCGGCUAACUCCAAGUCAGAUCGUAUCUUUAGAAAAAGAAAUCAUGCAAAAACGUUUAAAAAAGAAAGCAUUAAUUAAAAAGAGAGAGUUAACAAUGCUUGGAAAACCAAAAAGACCUCGAUCAGCUUAUAACAUUUUUAUAUCUGAAAGCUUCCAAGAAUCUAAGGAAAAUUCAUCACAGGCAAAGCUGAAGACUGUAAAUGAAAACUGGAAAAAUCUGUCUGGUUCUCAAAAGCAAGUAUAUAUUCAGCUUGCUAAAGAUGAUAAAAUUCGUUAUGAUAAUGAAAUGAAAUCAUGGGAAGAGCAAAUGAUUGAAGUUGGCCGAAAUGAUCUUAUACGUCGCAAAGUGAAGUACCAAACAAAAGAUGGCACUGAGACAUCUUAAAAUAUAAGAUUGAGUUAUAUCCAUAAUGGAUAGGCUCAAGAAACCAAUUAGGUCUCAAUACCUGAAACUUGUAAAAUUGGAUAAAGUUGGAAGCAUUUUGUAUUUGAUUCUUUUUUCUUUAGCCCAGGGACUUCUGCCAAUUUAAUGUAUCAUGUAUUAUUAUCUUGCCUUAGAAAACCCAAACAGAUACAAGUUCAGGCUAAAUUUAUUUUGUGUUUAGGAACUACUGAGGAUCAAGAUAAUGUAUGCAAAUAUAGCGGUGUAUCAUUUUACCUUCUGAUAAAGGUAAAUCAGACUGUGAACUUUUUUAUGCUGGAUGAAGACUAUGGAAAGAUUAUUCUUGUUUCUGUAUAUUAUGGAGGCAGGAGUUUGCUUUUCAAAAUUCUCCCAAAUUGUAGAAGCCAGUAUUCUGUGAUGCAAUUGUGUAUUUUUUAAAAAGCAGCCAGAACUCAUGUAGGUAAAACUCCAAUUCCUACAUAUAAUUCAAGAAAGGGAUUGAGAGAUUUAUAAACUUUUCCCUCAUUGUCUUUUUCCUAAAGUAAAAACUAAAAGAUUAUGUACCAAAUCUAUGCAUUUUGUUUUAUAUUGCAUAGAAUUAAAAAAUUCCAUCUUUGUUUAAUUUUACAUGUUUCCAAAUUAUGUGUUUUAAGGUGAAACAUUGGUUUUAUAGUGUCUUUUGUAACUAUGGAAUUAAUUUUUUUUUCUGAAUUAUUUUCUCACUGGUGGGUUAGUGUAUUUAUCCAAAAAGUAGAGACCUUAUCUAAGUUUUAAAAUGAGAGAUUUAGAAACAACAGUCUCCAAAUUUUGAACGUGUUAUUUCUAAACAUUUUGCAUAACAUCUAAAGGCCUUAUAUAAGGAAACAGCCAACUACAGACCAUGUGCCAAAUCUGGUCUGUGGGCCAAAUCCAGCCUGCUUCCUGCUUUAUAUGGCCUCAAUUGUGUUUAUGUUUUUAAAUGGUUAAAAAACAAGAAUUUCAUGACACAUGAAAAUUAAUAUUAAAUUCACAUUUCAGUGUUCAUAAAUAAAGUUCUAUUGGAUCACA